CCUCCAGGAGAUUUCACCGCUUUGAGGCGGAGAGAGAGAGAGAUGGGAAGCGAUAGCGAAGCUGAGAGGUCUCAGAUGAAGGAGAAGGAGAAGGAGAAGAAGAAGAAGGUAUUAGCUUUGGCUCCGAUAGCGAAACCUCUCGCCGGCAAGAAACUCUACAAAAGAACCCUCAAGGUUGUACGCACAGCUGCUGAAAACAAAUGCUUGAAGAGAGGAGUGAAGGAAGUGGUUAAAAGCAUUCGCCGCGGCAAUAAAGGAUUGUGCGUCAUAGCUGGAAAUAUAUCUCCUAUUGAUGUCAUAACUCAUGUCCCGAUCUUGUGUGAAGAUGCUGAUAUCCCAUACAUCUAUGUCCCAUCGAAAGAGGAUCUAGCAACGGCAGGAGCCACCAAGAGGCCAACAUGUUGCGUUCUGGUGCUGACAAAACCCGGGAAGGGAGAGCUAAGCCAGGAAGUGCAAGAGAAACUGAAGACAGAGUAUGAACAAGUUGUAGGAGAUGUUAAAGAGCUUGCCUCUUCUGUUGUGUAAGAGAUUGCUCCAUUACUGCUUCUGUUCAAAUAGAUUACAAUCUGAACUUGAUGGUUGGAUUUUCGGCUACGAUGAUCCUUAGCUAAUGAUGUUGAUACAAAAAAAAUAUCUACCAAGGAAACUCAAGUGUUCCUUUCUCA